AUGAUAAAAUUAUUGAAGUAAUUUUAAUUAAUAAGGAACACAUAAAAAAUAAAUUUAAUUACUUGUUGUCCUUUUACAAGUAGCUAUAAAUAAGAAGCAAACAUUGUUUUAUGUGAUGCUUUAAAUGCUAUAAUGGAAGAGAAUUUAAGAAAUAACAAAUUGGAUAUUUUAUCUUAAUAUUACACAAAAAUAUGGGAAGGUAGAUUAGGAUUAGUAGAAAAUAAAAUAUUAUUUUGUUAAUUUUUAGAAAAUUCAAAUUAAAUAUUACGUAAAGAAUUCGCCAUAGAUAAAAUUGAAAAGGAUGAUAAUAUUAGAAUAAAUAAAUCUAUAUAAAUAUUUCAUGUUUUUAACACUAUUACUGAAUUAUAAAUAAUAAGAUGGGAAGGUAUCUAGGAUUUAUUUCAAUGGAUUAGAAAUGAAAGUACAUACCAAUUAUUUUAGAGAACAAACAAAUAACAUAUAUAUCUUAAAUUUAUACAUUUAUUAUAUGUCAAUCAAUAUGAUAUUUUAGAAUUUCAUAAUAAUAUAGAAAAUGCUUUAUUUCAAUUUAAAAAGGUAACACCAUAAUUUGUAGAUGAGAGAUUAGAAUAUUAUAAAGCUAUAAAUAUGUUAAGAUAAUUUGAUAAAAUAGAGAAAGCACAUUUAAAGAUGACUAUUUUGGAAUUAAGUAAGUUGGAAAAUAGAUAAAUAGGAUAUUCAUUAGAAUAAUUAGAUAUAUUAUCAUAAUAUAUUAAUUUAGUAUGUGAAGUGUUUUUUACAAAUUUAUUAUAAAAAAGAGAUAUUUUCAAUUUUGUAUAAGAAGAUGAAGAAGAAGAAGAAGAAGAUUAAGAUUUGGAUGAUUAUACUCUUAUUGAACCAUUAAAUAGAUUAAUCAGAUUAUUUUUAUAAUAAGAUGCUUUUUAUUAUAAAAGAUCUAUUUCAAGUUAUAGAGAUAAAUUAAUUCAGAAAGAGGGAUAUUUAGAUUUAGUAGAUCCAGUUAAAUGGAGACAACUUAUGUCUGUAUCCAAAGGAUUAUGGGUAUUAACAGAUGACAAUAAACAUGAUAGAUCUUGCAUUGAUCUAUUAGAAAAUGCUAUUUUUAGAAAAUUGGAAACAGACACAGCAUCAAUAACUGAUGGAAUUGAUAUCAUCAAUUAUAUUUAGGAUAUUCAUGAAAUGAGAUAAGGACAUCAAUUUUUAGUAUUUAGUUAGAAUAAAUUUAGAUAUUAAAAUCUAUUUGUGAUUAAAUUAAUAAUUAAGAACUCUAAGAUUUAUCAAUUACUCGUUAAAAUUUACCAAGUUUAUUACAUUAAAUGUUGACUUUAGAAAGAAAAGCAGAAGAAUUUGAAUUGGCUUUUAUUUAACCGGCAUUACAUAAAUUAGAAACUUGGAUUAAAUAAUCUAAAUUUGAUUAAGAAUUAAAAAUGUGUGAUUGGUAUGAUCUCUCUAUGGUAAUAAAAAAACAUGAAUAUCAUGAAUUAGACGAUUAUGUGAAUAAAAAAUUAGAGUAAUCAUGAAC